AAAGCUUAAACAGCAUGCACUAUAUUUCUAGCAAACUUUCAUACUUUAUUUCUACCACAGAAGAUUUUUUUUACAGCAUUUCAUUGACAUUAAUGGAGUUACCUGUUCACUUGAUGCUAAAAGCGUUAAUGAGCUGAAAUCAAAAAUUACAAAAACAUUCAUUACACAAAUCAAAAAAAUACAAGCUUGAUCUCAGCCAAGAAGAUAUCAAGUUUAUGUCAAAAGUAUCGUAUAAAGCAUGGUCCUUAUUAUUUGAAUCUGGAAAGAAGUAUCAGAUCAACAAAGAUCGUUACCUUUUGUUUGAAGAAGCUCGCAAAGCAUUUCGUGGUGAAGCUAUUAUUAGAUUAUCAGAAGAUCCUGUUGAAGAAGACAAUGAUAGCUUCAAAAAAAUACUCAAUCAAAAUUCAGUUCAGCUCUUGAAUAGAUUCGAUUCACUUAUCCAACAAGAAAAAAGACUGCUAAAACAUUGUCUUUCUCAUAUUAUUAAUUUGAGUAAUCCUGAAUUAGCAGCGCUGUUUCAGCAACAAAUGCCACAAUUGUACAUACAAAACUUGUCCGAAGAGGAAGUGACCUACGAAACUGUCAAGAAUGAGCUGAAGAUUACUGGUUCACUUAGCACGUCCCUAACCUUGAAUGAUGAGAUUUCUUUUUUAGAACAGAUGAAACAGACAUUCAACGCUAUUUUUAUCAACAUGGCUAGUUCAAGAAAGAGAAAGAGACAUGCUGAAUGCACUAAUGUUGACAAGGCAACAAAUUUGCUGGAUUUAGUAAUUGGAGCAGACGACCUGUAUACUGAGCCUGGAGAGACAACUAGCAACGCAACUAAAAUGGUUCGUGUUGCUAAUGAGCACUUCUCUGGCUGGUCUUCUGGUUCAACCAGUUCGACUAGUAAUUUGGGCGGCCGAAAAACUGAUAUUUUGCUCAUGGGCAAUGAUGAAAUCUCAAAAAUAAAUGGCCAAAGUAGAAGGAAAAUAUUUGUCUCUUUAACCAAAGACAAAUGGCACUAAACAUCAACUGAAAAUGUCUCAAAAGAUGUCAUCAAGCGAUUGGCAUAAAGAAAUAGAACUUCAUCAAAAAAAGGCCAAGGCUUAGAGAGGAUUUUACUGAAACAGUUGAUGAUUUGACACUUAAAAUGACCACAAAAACCAUAAAAGUCACUAAGGGGCAUAUUGUUACAGGCGGCUGCAAUUUUACUACAUAGAUCUUCCUCUGCCACCAAUCGAUCAUGC